UCGGUUUGAGCGAUUCACAAUGGAGACGGCAGCCGCCGCCGCCCCUGCAGGCGGCGACCGGCUGAGCAAUCUCCCAGACUGCCUCCUCCACAGCGUGCUGUCGUGCCUCCGCUCACGGCAGGCGGUGCACACGAGCCUGCUGUCGCGCCGGUGGAGGCACCUGUGGCGCGCCGUGCCGUGCGUCGACGUCGACCAUCGCGACUUCUUCUUUGACGAGCCGCAACCUGUGGCCCCGGGCCAUGGCGCUUCCGACGCGGCCAUGGGCGCCUUCAGAGAAGCGCAGAGCAAGAGGGCCGCCAGGGAGAAGAAGCAGCGGCGCGUCUUGGAGGACUUCGCGGACGCCGUGCUGCCCCUCAACGGCGCCUGGCCCCUCGACGCUUAUCGGCUGCACAUACGCGACGACCUGCAUCUCCGCAAGGCCAUGGACCGGUGGAUCCGCCGCGGCCUCGCGCGCGGCCCCGCCGAGCUCUGCGUCGCCUUCGACUACGACCACCAUGGCGCCGGCUACAACAGCUGCUGGAAGGAUCCUCUGGCGUUUGGCUUCAGCAUCUUCGACGGCGCCGUCACCGGCCGCCUAAGGAGGCUGUCCCUCUCUGGACUGGUCCUGCUGCAGGGAUUCCCGGACGAGCUGAGGUCCGAGUGCCCUCUCCUGGAAGACCUGCAGCUCGUCAACUGCCAGUGCAUUACGCAGUUCCUCCCGGGCAACAGGCGCAACAUCAUCCGGAUCGGCUCCCGCUCCCUCAAGAGGUUGGUUAUCGAGGGCGUGUCCAGCCUGCACCACCGCCUGUGCCUCACCGCUCCCACCCUUGUUUCCUUGAACGUAGACACGCCGGUCGCCGUGGAGGAUGAGAUUUGGUCCCUCGCCGUGGCGUCCAUCUCAUGCCAUGCCGGCGCACUCAUUCUCCUGAAAUCGCUCCGCAGCGCCACAGCUUUGGAACUGCGGAGAUUCACCACAUGGGCAUUGGUCGAGGAGGAACCGGAACUAUUCCACGAGUACCAUAACCUGAGGACAUUGGUCCUGACUGAAUGUGAGAUUGGGGAUGCAUGGAUGCCAGGUUGUGGCGCACGUGCUAAAGAGCAUCCCGAAUCUGGAGAGACUCGUGCUGCAAGAUUGCAUGGUGCUGUAUCUUUCUUUUCCCAAGUGUCAAACUAAUGUAUAGAGAUCUCAGGGAGUUGCAUGAUGGCCAGCCGCCGAGGCGCAGCACUCCGCGGGUGCUGCGAGAACCUCAAAUCCAUACGAGUCAAGUAUGAAGGGCACGAUGUCGCUCAUGUGCCGGUUGCCGCGUUGAGGGGAAAUCAAAGGAUGCAGUCAAGCUACACCGCGGGGAAAGACCAACCAGUUCCGUUGAGUGGCGCCACUGGCUGAAGCGUAUCGCCUUGUGCAGCAGCCACGCAAUUCACCUCAGCCAGGUCAUGACCUUUCACAGUUCAGUAGAUCCUAUGCGUUUUGUAUUCCAACUCCAACCUCCAUCAUAUAUAUGUACUGUGGCAUAUAUUGAUUCCUCCCCUUGGC